GAGGGGGGGGGGGUGCAGGCGGGAUGCUGACCGAGCAGUGCACAGCUGCUCCUCCGUCCACCUGCGCUGCGCUGUCGACGCGGACACGAGAGGCGCGAUGAGAUGUCUUCAGCCGGUGUGUUGUGGCGCGAGCACCGACAACACGCAAGAGUCCGGACACAUCAAGCGUGACCGCCCCCUGUCCUGACAGCCCCGCGGCGCGGCUGCACCGCCGUGACGGAGGCGCGACCGCUGUCCACGGCACCGACGGGUCGCUCCGUCUGCGGACCUGAUCUCGACCCGGCUCCCGUCCGCCUGUGUGGGUGUCACCGUCCUGUCGCGUUGACUGAAGCGGAGACUGAUGCUUUCCCCCUGGGCGAAUCUGAGAUAUCACCUUUGCGGUUCACCUUGGAAAUAAUAAUAAUAAUAAUAAUAAUAAUAAUAAUAAUAAUAAUAAAAGAUAACGCAUGAAAGGUCGAUGGAUCGCAUGCGGCACAAUCAAAUCAGCACUGACCCGUGUGGGGCCAAACUGCAACCGGGACCCUGUGAGGUGAAUGGAGCCGGUCAAGGUUUACCCCCUCAGCUCGCAAUACAGGAGUCGUCUCUCAUCCGUCCAUCCGAGGUUCUCAACAAACAGUCUGGACUGAGCCCCGUCCAGGCGGCAGUUGUACCCGCGAAAGUGACACAGGAAAUGCAGCAAGUGUGCGCGAAUUCUGGGUCCGUCCCAGCAACACUGACGAGCAUAAGCCGGCCACGACCGACGGCUCUCGGAAAUAAACCUGCCCCAAGUCCAACCAGAUUCUCAGUGGAGCCCUCCCAGGACAUACAUUUGAUCCCAGUUUGCAUCCCAGUACCUCAGUGUGCCAACGUCCUGCCGCAUUCCCAGACGGAGAGCUCCUUCCCUCUGCACAGUCCUCAGAGUCCCCACAGCCCACAGUCUUACAACAGCCAGCCUUACCUGAGUCCCACUCCCAGCCUUCCCCAGCCCAACCCGAGCCCACCCACCAGUCUCAGCCCCAAGCUCGGCCUCGGUGGUCAGUCACAGAGGUGCCCCUCACCCGGGGGCUCGAAGCAGAGCCAAGUGCCGUCGGAGAAGCCAGGAUUGGAGAACAAUGACUUCAGGGUGCACAUCGUCACGUGGAACGUGGGCUCAGCUGUCCCGCCAGAUGACAUCACUUCUCUGUUUGGACCAAAUGUCUCAGAUGGGAGUGUUGACAUGUUUAUUAUCGGAUUCCAGGAGGUGAACUCCAUGAUCAACAAGAGGCUGAAGGAUGCUCUUUUCUCGGACCAGUGGAGCGAGCUUUGCAUGGACACACUCAGCCCUUCUGGAUACGUUCUGGUGGCGUCGCAGCGAAUGCAGGGAGUGCUGCUGCUGGUUUUGUCCAAAUUCUGCCAUCUUCCAUUCCUCAGAGGCGUGCAGACGGAGAGUACACGCACAGGACUUGGGGGAUAUUGGGGGAAUAAAGGCGGCGUCAGCGUGAGGAUGACGAUGUUCGGCCACGCGGUGUGCUUUCUCAACUGUCACCUGCCGGCACACAUGAGGAACCUGGAGCAGCGGAUGGAGGACUUUGAAAGCAUCCUGCAACAGCAGCAGUUUGAGGGAGGGACCGCCACGGGUGUACUGGACCACGAUGUUGUGUUUUGGUUCGGAGAUUUAAAUUUCCGUAUUGAAGACUAUGACAUCCACGUGGUGAAAUGUGCCAUCGACAGCGACAAGCUGCCUCUUCUGUUGGAGCGGGACCAGCUCAACAUGGCUAAAAACACAGAGGCCAUCCUGGAAGGCUUCAUGGAGGGACCUCUCAAAUUCCCACCUACUUAUAAGUUCGAUGUGGGCACUCACACAUACGACACCAGCGCCAAGAAGAGGAAACCUGCCUGGACGGAUCGCAUCCUCUGGCGCCUUCGACGCACCGGCUCCCCAGUUCCUACCCACAAUGCAGCGCUGCAGCGGGGUCUGACCUCAUGGCUGGGCGGCGCAACCAAAGUGACACAGCACACGUACCGAAGUCACAUGGGCUACACCAUCAGUGACCACAAGCCUGUUUCUGCCCUGUUCUCCCUGCACUUCCCAUUCAAGGUGACCAUGCCCAUGGUGGAGCUGCAGUUUAAUAAGGAGUGGUUUAAAGUCUCAGAUGCUACCGUCAGAUUCACUUUAGCGUCAACUUAUCAGCGCAGCUCGUGGGACUGGGUUGCGAUAUAUAAGGUUGGAUUCAGACAUCACAAAGAUUACCAGGCCUAUGUGUGGGCCAAGGGAGAGCAUGCAACACAGGUGACAUUUUCAGAGGAGGAUUUGCCGAGAGAUGACUGUGAAUACCUCCUUGGUUACUACAGCAAUAAUAUGAACAGUAUUGUUGGACUGUCAACGCCUGUUCAGAUUAAGUUACCAGUCCACAGCCCCACCAUACAUCGCUCGGACAGCUCCGAUGUCAGCUCAGAAGACGAUAGCACUCUUGUCCUGCUGGCUCCAAACUCCCGCAGCCCGAGCCCUAACACAGGCAAACACCACCAUCGCCACCGGCGCAGCCGCAGCCCGGCAGUUCCGGCUCUCUCCUCCAACCCCCUCCCCUCCCUGCAGGGCCUCAGCCUCUGUCCUCGCUCUAAAGAAGGCCAGGCGCCAAGCCGCUCCCCCUGCUCUGCUGCUAAGAAAGAGCGACUGGUGUCCCCCGGCACUGUGCCAUCGCCAUCCAUCAGCCCGCUCAGUCCUCGCAGCCCCGUCUCUCCAGGUGGCGGAGUGACUGCACCAGAGGCCCUGAUCGCCGCCAUCUUAGGUGAACACAGACCAGCUCAGGUUAGCCCCACGGGCUCAAACAGAUAGGGAAGGCCGGGGAAACAGACACUGCAGAGAAAUUAACAUCAAUAACUAAAAGCAGGUACUGUCUGUGUGUGACCCCACACUGUCACUGUGCUGGUAGAAGCAGCACAUUUAACGACUCCUAAUGUAGUUUGCCAACAUUCCACGUUGUAGCCCUGCAGUUCUGUUUCUGAAUCUACCAUCAGCUCAUACACUGUGUGUAUCUUGAACUCAAAGAUGUGCCCAGACCCCUGACGACAAGUGCUUUUAUAGACUCAUAAGCUAUAUCAUACGUAAACAACCAUAUUGAAUGUGAAGCCAGAGUUCUUAUUGACAGCAAUACGGAUCUUUGUUAACAGUCUUCUUUCAAAAUGAGGGCUCUGGACCAGAAGCACUGAUGGUAUCAUAGUUCACCAUGGAGAGUGCGUGUGUGUGUGUGUGUGUGUCUGUGUGUGUGUGUGUGUGUGUGUCUCUGGGUUUAUGUGUAAGCCUGUGUUCAAACAUAAAUGUGUGUGAUUUGCAUUUUGGACCAGAAGAUGGUUUGAAUAUUUGAACUCAAUAGUUUCUGGCCUGUAUUCAAAAAAUGAAGAUAAUGAAUACAUGAAUAGAGAUAGAGCAUUUUACCGACUCAAUCAAUUUGAAGCUAUAUGUGACCACGUGACCUCGACAGUAAUCCUAGAUCAAUGCUCUUAUUCUUAGCAGCUUUGUGAAUACAGCCCCUGUUCUAUGGAGCUCAGUGAGUGGAUGUUUAGACCAAAGUGGUCCUUUGGCUUUAAGCAAAACACUGUUAUUUAUCUGUGUGAGUGUGCACAAUAAAAAAGGUCGGACAAGACAAAAGGA